AUGGCCGACCUCUCUCGUCUCCUCUCCUUCUUCCUCGUCGUUCCCAUAUUUUUGGUUCGUGAGGUUUCGGCAAUAACCAAUCAUACAGUCGGGGAUCGGAGUGGUUGGACCACUGGAGUCGACUACUCGUCUUGGGCUGCUGGCAAAACGUUCUUUGUCGGUGAUUUCCUAGUAUUCAGGUACAAGAAAGGUGUGCACAACGUGCUAGACGUAGACGUCUCGACGUUCUCGAAGUGCGCGAAGCCUAAAGAUCAACGGCCAUUGAAUACCGGAAACGAUUUCGUUCCAUUGACUCUUCCUGGGUUCAAAUGGUUCAUUUCAACCAUUGGCCACGACUGUAAGUCUGGUCAGAAGCUCAUCAUUUCAGUGGAGAACCCGCCACCCCCGGCCAGCGUCCCACAGUUCGCUCACCCCCUGUCCACUCUUCCAUCGGCGCUCGUCCCUGCUCUGCCAAUACCCAUGCCCCCCGCCCCUUCUCCUUCAGCGCAGUCGCCUGCUCAGAAUCAAACUACCCCACAAUUGCCAAUCGUUCCAGCUCCAAGCCAAAACAUCCCACCAUCGCAUUUCCCUGGUCCGAGUGCCACCGCUCCGCCGCCGUCCGGUGCCGCUGCCAAAUCCCCUGUUUCCGCCUAUCUUGGGGUUUUGGUGGUGGUGGCUGCCGUUCUUGCUGGCAUUAUUAUAUGA